CUCCUCGGGCGUCUCCUCCCCUAAGUUUCCUUCUCAUAGGCUUGUCCCUGACAGUGUGGGCGGCCCCUUUCCUGAGCGCUUAAACUCUUACUUUUUUUUCCCCACCCUCCUCCUCCUCCACACCAGCCUUUCUCUUUGCCUCAGUCACUUCCUUGCUCAGCCUCUUCCUCCCCAGUGCAUUGAAGAAGAUAACCGGGUCGGAAGGACUCGGCACCAGUUUUUCAACCGAAAAGAAGCCGAGGCGGUGAGGCAGCAAUGAAUGUGGAUCAUGAAGUUAACCUCUUAGUGGAGGAAAUUCAUCGCUUGGGUUCAAAAAAUGCUGAUGGAAAGUUAAGUGUGAAAUUUGGCGUUCUUUUCCGAGACGACAAAUGUGCCAACCUCUUUGAAGCACUAGUGGGAACGCUCAAAGCUGCAAAACGAAGGAAGAUUGUUACAUACCCAGGAGAGUUACUUUUGCAAGGUGUUCAUGAUGAUGUUGAUAUUGUAUUGCUGCAAGAUUAAUGUGGUUUGCAUAUCUUUGUGUAUUGCUAUUUUUUGUUUCUGGUAAACUGGAUUAUUAAGUCAAAGAGCAAACAUGUAAGCAUACUUAAUGUAUUUUUGUAGAACUUUAUAAACAAAAGGAGACUCAUAUUUUGGAAGUCUGCUCUUUUGAUAUCUGGAAAGAAAAUUUAUGUAUUACACUGUAAAAUAAGCAAAACCUAUUAUUUUUCUCCGGAGUCUGGUUAGAAAACGUAGGCAAUGAGGCUUUUUUUUUUUUUUUUGGUGGGGGAGGGUUGGGGAAGUGUUUGAUUCAUAAAUCAUUCUUGGACAACUUUAUAGAUAUUUGCCAUUCUGUGAAAGUAGAAAACAAACUCCACAAGGAAUAUUAUAAUGUAUAUGUAAUAAAGCCAUGUAACUAUCUUAAAA